AAAAACAUACCGGAGCAAAAGAGAGAGAGGAGAGCACGCAGGAGAUCUGCUCUGAAAUACUGCUAAAUUAUAUAGAGCAGAAAGAUCUCCUUUUCCCUGCCCCGAUCAGAUCGGAGUCCACCUUUAAUCGACGCAGAAUUUAGGGUUUUAAUUGCAGAUCCUUUCGUCGUGGGCACGUUCCUCUCAAUCACGAUUUUCAAAUAUUUUGCAAGCCUAAAACCCGAUCCGGCGGAAUCCGCAAUCCAUUCAUUUCUUAUCUCUUCCCGUCUUGAUACAUUCGUAUGUGCGCGCAUACAGAUUUUAAUGUACGUAUGGUCCGUGCCGACUGCCGUCUGGUAGAAACUGGGGUUUGAUUUCAGGGUUUAAAAUAAAAGAAUCUUGAAACGUUAUGAGGAUUCAAAUCCAUUGGGCAUAAAAUAUAUUUGAAUUGGUCCAAUGGCGUCCGUCCAGGUUCUGCGCAAGCAAGAGCAUUUGGAAGCGGGGAAAAAGAAGUUAGAAGAGUUUCGGAAAAAGAGGGCAGCAGAUCGGGCUAAAAAGACAGCAUCUACUAAUCAAAUCCAUGCAUCUGAUGGGGGUUUAGAGAGACAAACUCUAGAUACAGAACGAAUACAAUCAGCUCCUGAUGGGGCAGGCACAUCAAAUGCUGUUGCAGUACCAGAUGUAAAGAGCGAUUUUAAUGAAAGUGAACUUCCACAGAAUACCAACUCUGGUACUUCCAAUUAUGCAAGUUCUGCUUCAUCAUUUGUAGCACAUAAUGAUGAUGUUGCAUUUUCUAUCUCAGAGGUCUCUGGUUCUAAAGUUCCAGAAUUUCAUGGCAAUGACGUUUCAAAAUUUUUGCCACUUGGAUACCAUAGUGAUCAUCCCAAAAUGGAAGCUGAACAUGAUAGAGAAGCAGGAAGUUUUGCAUUUGAGAGUGCAUCUGAUCAUUUUGCAGAUAACACUUUACUGCCUUCUUUUUCAAAUGGUGGCAGGGUUUCUAGUAGUUCUGAUUAUAAUGGUCGGUAUAGUGCUGUUUCAUGGUCAAACAAGAGCAGUCUGAAAGAUCUUUCAGCUGUUAAUUUCACUCCUCAUACUUUGGCAAAUGAUUCACUUGAGAACUCUGCUAGCUCCCAUCUGCAGCCAGAGAAGGCUAGUGUUACUGAUCAUUGGGGUCAGACAUUUUCUUCACAUAAAGACUCCAUGCCACCUAUUGCAAGCCCCACUGAUAUUACUCCUCAAGUCGGACAAACAAAUGGUGCCUUCCAACAUGAUUAUUCUGUUCAUCCUGAUACUGGAUAUAGCCUGUUUGGUGGAUCUGCUUCUUACAUGGACAAUGCUUCAACUCAGUUGGCAUCUGAUGCCACACAUGGCGGAUUCCGUUUUAAUGCCCAAAGUUCAUAUAAUAAUGCACAGAUAUCUUCUCCGUCAACUGGGAUUGUUUCUAGGAAGCCCCGCUCCUCAUUUCUUGAUUCAAUUAACAUUUCAAGAGUUCCUGUUACACCCUCUCCUCUUGCUGAAACAGUGAAUUCUGAUACUUCUAGCUCCAAGGUUCAUCCAAUGGACAAUUUGGCAUCUCCCACUUCUGAGAGAUAUAUGAAUUCUUCGGAUGCAUCUGGUAAUGGGCCUGAAAUGUUUAAAUAUGCCAUUGCAAAAUGUAUGGAGACCAACCAUGGUUUUCAUUCACAAAACCAGAAUGAAGACUUUGCUGCACUUGAACAGCAUAUAGAAGAUUUAACACAAGAGAAGUUCUCUUUGCAACGCGCUCUUGAGGCUUCACGAUCAUUAGCAGAGUCUUUAGCUGCUGAAAAUUCAGCACUCACAGAUAGUUAUAACCAACAGGGAGGUGUUGUUAAUCAGCUAAAAGCUGAAAUGGAGAUGCUACGGGGGGAGAUUACUGCAAAUCUGGCUGAUCUUGAAGCUGUAAAGGUGGAAUAUGCCAAUGCCCAGCUUGAAUGUAGUGCGGCUGAUGAACGCUCAAAGCUUUUGGCAUCUGAAGUGAUCAGUUUGGAAGAGAAGGCACUUCGGCUGAGAUCAAAUGAACUUAAAUUGGAGAGGGAGUUGGAAAAAUCACAAGCUCAAUUUUCUUCUUUCAAAAAGAAAAUUGAUAGCCUUGAAAAAGAACGUCAAGAUCUCCAUUCAACUGUUGCUGCUUUACAAGAAGAAAAGAAGCUGUUGCUGUCAAAACUACGUAAAGCAUCCGGCAGUGGCAAAUUAGGCGAAACUACCAGGCAUUCACCCAAUAAAGUAGAUGUGUCAACGUCUACACAGGAUCUUGAUGACAGUGAUGGCAUGACUACCGCCUCAGAUGAUCUAAACCCAGGAGGCCGGAGCACUGCUUUAAGUGCUGAAUCCUCCAGUUUUCCUUUUCCGCUUGAUGAUGGACAGCUCAGUUUUGAAGGUUCAGCGGUGUUCAUUCCUCCUGAUCAUAUAAGAAUGAUCCAAAAUAUUAAUACAUUAAUCUCCGAGUUAACUUUGGAGAAACUAGAGCUAACGAAAGCCUUCUCUGCUGAAACAUCCGAAUGCUCUAAACUUAAGGAGUUAAACAAGGAGCUAACCAGGAAGCUUGAAUCUCAAACACAAAAGUUGGAGCUUUUAACUGCUCAAAGCAUGGCCACUGGUAAUGUUCCAGUAAGACAACCAGAAAGAACUAUCCAUGAGAACCCCACGACUUAUGCAGAUGAAGGCGAUGAGGUGGUUGAGAGGGUAUUAGGAUGGAUCAUGAAGCUGUUUCCUGGAGGGCCAUCGAGACGACGAAGCAGCAAGCUUCUGUAGUAGUUGUCAUGAAAGACAGAUUCACCGAAGCUCCUCCGCAAUAUCUCAAGCCUUGUAAUUUUUGAUAGCCACAAGUUUGUAAUUUAUCGGCGAUCCAUACAGACGAUUCUUUUUCUCCUAUAAGUAAUUCUUUCAGAAGUCACAAUGGAAGACGAGAGUGGCAAAUGUGACAAGAAAAAACGUCACCAGUUAUGCAUUUGAUGAGGAGCUAUGAAGUUGUGCCAAUGCAAAGAUGUACUAUAGACAGCAAUGUAUACACAUAUUGAAUCAAGUGAAAGAAAUCCAUUCAUGUUUUCAUUUGCAGAGUAAUAAUCUGCCUUUGUUGUGUUCCAGUUACUUGGAUAGGUAAUACUCUCCCCCCUCCAAAGAAAGGACACAGUUCAGU